GCAGUGCGCGGGGGCUGGCUUCGGGCCGGUCAGCUGUUCCUUCACCAUGCCCGGGAUGGUGCUCUUCGGUCGGCGCUGGGCCAUAGCUAGCGACGACUUGGUGUUCCCCGGGUUCUUCGAACUGUUCCUCAGAGUGCUGUGGUGGAUUGGCAUUCUGACUUUGUAUCUCAUGCACAGAGGGAAGCUGGACUGUGCUGGUGGAGUCCUGCUCAGCAGUUACAUGAUCGUUCUCAUUGUUCUCCUGGCAUUUGUUAUAUGUAAUGUGUUAGCUAUUGUUUGUGUCAGCAUGAAAGGAACCAUUUGUAACCCUGGACCACGGAAGUCUAUGUCUAAGCUGCUUUACAUCCGCCUAGCACUCUUUCUGCCAGAGAUGGUCUGGGCUUCUCUGGGCGCCGCCUGGGUAGCAGAAGGUGUUCAGUGUGACAAGACAGUUGUGAAUGGCAUCAUUGCAACCGUCAUUGUCAGUUGGAUCAUCAUCGUCGCCACUUUGGUUACCAUUAUCAUUGUCUUUGACCCACUGGGGGGGAAAAUGUCCCCAUAUUCCUCUGCUGGUCCCAGUCACCUGGAUAGUCAUGAAUCAAGCCAGUUAUUUAAUGGCCUCAAGACCGCAGCUACAAGCGUGUGGGAAACCAGAAUCAAGUUCUUGUGCUGUUGCAUUGGGCAAGACGACCAUACUCGAGUUGCUUUUUCGAGUACGGCAGAGCUUUUCUCAACCUACUUUUCAGACACAGAUCUGGUGCCUAGUGACAUCGCAGCAGGCCUUGCUCUUCUUCAUCAGCAACAGGACAAUAUCAGUAAUAACCAAGAGCCUGCCGAGGUGAUCACCCACUCCCCAGAGCCCUCCCAGGAAGCUGAUUUGGAUGCAGAAUUAGAAAAUUGCCGUCAUUAUAUGCAGUUUGCAGCAGCUGCCUAUGGGUGGCCUCUGUACAUUUAUAGAAACCCAUUUACAGGGCUGUGCAGGAUUGGUGGUGACUGUUGCAGAAACAGAACAACAGACUAUGACUUGGUUGGAGGUGAUCAGCUCAAUUGUCAUCUUGGCUCCAUCCUGCAAACAACAAAGCUACAGUACAGGGAUUUCAUUCACAUAAGCUUUCAUGACAAGGUAUAUGAGCUGCCUUUUUUAGUGGCUCUGGAUCACAGGAAAGAGUCUGUUGUGGUAGCUGUGCGAGGGACCAUGUCUCUCCAGGACAUCCUUACCGAUCUGUCAGCAGAGAGUGAGACCCUGGACUUAGAGUGUGAGGUGGAAGACUGUUUGGCGCACAAGGGCAUUUCUCAAGCUGCCAGAUAUAUUUACCGACGACUCAACGAUGAUGGGAUUUUGAGCCAAGCAUUCAGUGUUGUUCCUGAAUACCGCCUUGUCAUAGUGGGGCACAGCCUGGGGGCGGGAGCUGCAGCCCUGGUAGCCAUCAUGCUCAGAAACGUGUACCCACAAGUCAGGUGUUAUGCCUUUUCUCCUCCCCGGGGGCUGUUAAGCAAAUCUCUUCAUGAAUACUCCAAGAACUUUAUUGUGUCACUUGUCCUGGGAAAGGAUGUGAUUCCCAGGUUAAGUGUGACCAACUUGGAAGAUUUGAAGAAAAGAAUCUUGCGAGUGAUUGCUCAUUGUAAUGAGCCUAAGUACAAGAUCUUGCUGCAGGGGUGUUGGUACGAACUGUUUGGGGGGAACCCCAGUAACUUUCCAACGGAGCUAGAGGGGGCCAACCAGGGAGACCUGACGCAGCCUCUUCUCGGGGAGCAGACUCUGCUGACACACUGUUCUCCAGCAUACAGCUUCUCCAGUGACUCCCCUCUGGACUCUCCCCACAAGUAUCCCCCUCUGUACCCUCCGGGCAGGAUCAUCCACCUGGAGGAAGAGGGCUCCUCAGGGAGGUUUGGCUACUGUUCUACUGCUCAGUACAGUGCAAAGUGGUCACAUGAAGCACAGUUCAGCAAAAUACUCAUAGGCCCAAAGAUGCUAACAGACCACAUGCCAGACAUCUUGAUGAGAGCCUUGGACAGGGUGGUCUCUGACAGAGUGGCACAUGGAGGGGCCUCUAAUGUGGAUGUGGUGUAACUAGGGCUACUGGAAACCGCCCUGGGAGUGAUGGACCUGUGCUUUUGUUCUUAAACUGACUUGACGUCCGAGUGAUGUCCAUGAUGCCGUACAUUGUAUGUCCAUCAGCAGGAAUCUGAUCAGUAGUAAAUUCGAUGGCCUUCUAAAUGACUGAACAAUUUAUGUGAAAUAAUUUUGAUUGUAGUAUUAGCAGAAUCAGGAGUCAGGAGACAAGUGUUCAGGUGAUGGGACACCAGAGACAGUGGACAUGGAAAGCGCCUUGGGAAGCCCUGUUUCCCUGGCCUGCAGGCCCAUCUGAGAACUGCCCCACGAGGGUGGGAUCCAACAGCCGGUUUGAAGAACAUAACCAUUCUGUGGACACCACCCUUCAGCCAACCCUUUUCACUGACAGGGUCUUGUCCUAUCACCGUUGAGCUGAGUCUGAACUUGGCUAACAGGUGUGCAACUUAUUUUUCAAAUGGUUUCCCUAGCUAUGCAUGCAAUACUCUGUGAGGGUGCAGGCUGGGCUGCUCUCCUGGGUGGCACCAAGGGCAGCCCUGAGCUCCAGUUGGGAAUGGAGACAAAACCAGGUUGGGGAAGUGAGUGGAGAUGACUCCUGCCCUCCUCUGAGCCUCUGCACUCUAGCUCCUUGUUUACACUGUUUUUUACUUUUCUGGCUCUAGCUGGCCAGUGGAUUCAGAUGGAAUUAAAAAAUAAAGUGUU